AUGAACCUGCACGGUUCAAAGAAACCUUCAAAGACACUUGAUAUAGGGUUUAACGGUGUCUCCCUGUCUACAGAUUCUCUGGGAACGAUUCUCCAAAUCAGUGUCUUCCAUCCCGAACAUGGCGUUGUGCUGGCUGAGCCAUAUGAACAAUUCGAUGGUUCAAGAUUCAGAGACACUCCGUAUGUUCGAGAGUAUCGCGCCCGGAUGCUCAAGUCCAUCGAGACUAGUACUCGCGGUUUCGGGAUCUGUUUCGAUGUUCAAGUUCAGAACGUGCAGGUGGACCUUGACGGUCUAGGUCGUGCUAGAAUAUCGUACAGCACUUCUGAUGGGUUUCUGAUCACUACAUCAUUGCAGAUUAGUCGCGACGCGGGAGUGAUACAGUCUUCCGAGAUCACUUCCACGACGAGCUCCACAGCCAAUGUGAGAUAUACCAUGAACUUGGGAGUUAGUGUCAAUCGGGCGUCUUACGGACAAUUGACAGAAGGUGGACCGAUUCCGAUACCGCCAUCGGAAAAUAGGGUUGGGCUCCAGAACCAUGGUCAGGAUGUUGUAGUUGUGAACCCUCAUUUAAGUGCACAUUUACAAGGAUGUCUGAAAAGCGAUGGCAAACCUGUUGAUUUGAGAGGAGAUAUUGAGGAGAAGGUUUUCCACAAUGCACCAGUCGCCGGAGACUUUUCUCGAAUGUUAGAGGUUCCGGCGAAAGAGUCGAGGAGGUUGAUGGCAAGAUUUACGCUCCGGCCAGGGACCACUUGUCAGACAUUUUCUGACGACGAGAUCACUCUGUCCGUCGGACUGCCGUCUAUAUGGCCCACAUCAGAAACGACCGGGAGGUUCAUCGUUCGAAGAAAUCUCGAGUACAUCCUGGGAAACUGCUCAAUCCCCCUGUCGCCGUUGAGAGGGGUAGUGUGCUUGAUCACGGAUCAUGUUGCUCUGCCGCUUGGUUGGAUGAGAGACAAUUACUGGCAGGUUCGGUUCUUAAUGGACGUACAUCGGAAUCUGGAUGAUUUAGCUGAUGAAAGAACGGCAAAGGCUUACCUCCAGAUGAUCAGGGACACGAUCAAAGGUCACCUGGUCUGGAUCUACCGAUAUGCUCAACGACCGCAUCAAUAUUGGCACAGGUCGUACCUGACAACGGGUCGGCCGAAAGACGGAGCGGUGUUUCAACUGGACCAACAAUGCUAUCCGUUACUGGAAAUUUGCGAUUUUUGGGAGACGUUCCCGGAAGAGCAAGAUCUCGUACAAAGUAUCCUCAGUGAAGAUGUCAUCUUUCAAGUCUUGAGUCUGAUCGAGUCCAAAAAGGAUCAAUCCACAGGACUAUUUGCGACAGAUGAGACUCCUGGAGAUGAUGCGGUCGAGCAUCCUUUUCAUUUUUCGAGUCAUGUCCUGUUGUGGCAUGCAUUGUCCAAACUGGCUAAACUGACUUCGCAGCUGCCCAAUUGCUCGCAACUGUGUAGGAGGCUGAGAGUUCUCGCAGAUGACGUGCGUGUUGCCACGGUGAAACAUUUCUUAUGCUUAGAUCCAGACCGAGGAAAGACUUCGUUUGCUUAUCUGGUGGAUGGGCAAAGUCACCGGACUUUUUAUCAUGAUGCCAAUGAUCUUCCUACGCUGUUUGCUCCUGUUUGGGGGUUUGUGAAGACUGAUAUUGAGAGACAGGCAUGGCACAACACGAUGGAAUUUGCCUUCUCCGUCGCAAAUGAUGGUGGCUACUAUGGAGAUGGACCGUUCGGUGGUUUAGGGAGUGUUCAUACACGAGAUCCAUGGCCGUUGGGAUAUUUCCAAAGCUGGAGGUAUGCUCAAAUGACCGGCAAUAUCCAGGAGGAGUCUGCCGCUUGGAGAAAGAUCUGUGGAUGUAUGCUCUGGGAUGGGUUGUUUUCGGAGGCCGUCGAUGGUCAAACAGGGGAGUGUACCAGCAAAGCCUGGUUUAGCUGGCCAGGGUCGAUGAUUGGGAGUAGACUUCUUCAGCCGGGCGUCAGAGAACGUUACCUCUGA